AACCCCAUUCGGCAUCCUUAAACCCUAUUUGAGCUCCGUCACAUUUAGCGGUUUUAGACUCACUCUCUCUUUCUCUGCAACCGUUGAGAGCGGAGCUCCACCUAUUCUCUCAUGGCGUCUCUACCUCUGAAGAAGAACUACCGGUGCGUGCCAUCUCUGCAGCAGUUCUACUCCGGCGGUCCCUUCGCCGUCUCAUCCGACGGCUCAUUCAUCGCCUGCAAGUGCGGUGAAUCCAUUAAGAUCGUGGAUUCAUCGAACGCCUCGAUUCGGUCUACCAUUGAAGGUGACUCAGAUGAAGUUACCGCGUUGGCCCUCAGCCCCGACAACAGGCUGCUCUUCUCCGCCGGUCACAGUCGCCAAAUUAGGAUUUGGGACCUCUCCACCUUGAAGUGCGUGCGUUCUUGGAAGGGUCAUGAGGGGCCAGUUAUGGGAAUGUCUUGUCACCCGUCUGGUGGAUUGCUUGCGACUGCCGGAGCUGAUAGGAAGGUUCUUGUUUGGGAUGUUGAUGGCAGCUUUUGCACUCAUUACUUUAAGGGCCACAAAGGGGUCGUUUCUAGUGUUCUCUUCCAUCCUGAUCCUACUCAACAACUUCUUUUCUCCGCAAGCGAUGAUACAAAUGUGCAUGUUUGGGACCUAUUAACCAAGAAGUGCGUUGCGACACUUAAUGCGCAUAACUCAACAGUAACUUCUAUGGCACUGUCUGAAGACGGAUGGACUUUGCUCACAGCUGGAAGAGAUAAGGUUGUAAUCUUGUGGGACCUUCAUGACUAUAGCUGCAUGAAGACUGUAACAACAUAUGAGGUUCUUGAAGCUGUGUGUGCAAUCCAUUCUGGAACUCCAUUAUCAACCUAUUUGGGUUCCUGCAAGAAGCCUUGUGGGAAGAAAAGUGGAUUACCUGAAAUUUGCUUUAUAACAGUUGGUGACCAUGGGAUUGUACGGAUUUGGAAUUCUGAAGGUGCAGUUUGCCUAUAUGAGCAAAAGUCCUCAGAUGUUACUCUAUCUUCAGAUGUGGAUCAAUUAAAUAGGGGUUUCACCGCAGCUGUCAUGCUUCCUUCAGAUAAAGGGUUGCUUUGUGUGACUGCUGAUCAGGAGUUCCUUUUAUAUUCCCCAAUUAAGUUGCCAGAGGGGACGCUGGAAUUUGAAUUGAGCAAAAGACUUGUAGGUUACAACGAUGAGAUUGUGGAUAUGAAGUUUGUAGGAGAUGAGGAACAAUUUCUUGCUGUUGCCACAAAUCUUGAACAGGUACGAGUAUAUGACAUUGCAUCCAUGUCAUGUUCGUACGUAUUGGCAGGUCAUACCGGAAUUGUUCUAUGCCUUGACACCUGUGUAUCAAGUUGUGGAAAAUCACUUAUUGUGACCGGAAGCAAAGACAACACUGUUCGGUUGUGGGAUUCAGCAAGCAAAUGUUGCCUUGGUCUUGGCAUAGGUCAUAUGGGAGGUAUUGGAGCUAUUGCUUUCUCAAAAAAGCGGAAAGACUUCUUCGUUAGUGGUAGUAGUGAUCGUACCCUCAAGGUGUGGAGUUUGGAUGGUCUUCCAGACAAUGCGGAAAAACCAGUGAAUCUGAAAGCAAAGGCCGGUGUAGCGGCCCACGAUAAGGAUAUUAAUUCAGUAGCUGUUGCACCAAAUGAUAGUUUAGUUUGUAGCGGCUCACAGGAUCGCACUGCUUGUGUAUGGAGGCUUCCGGAUCUUGUACCAGUUGUUGUACUUAAGGGUCAUAAAAGGGGAGUUUGGUCUGUAGAGUUCUCUCCAGUUGAUCAAUGUGUUAUAACGGCUUCUGGUGAUAAAACAAUAAAGAUAUGGUCCAUAUCUGAUGGUUCAUGCUUGAAAACAUUUGAAGGGCAUACAUCAAGUGUAUUAAGAGCAUCAUUUCUUACUCGUGGAACCCAAUUUAUUUCUUCAGGUGCUGAUGGGUUGGUAAAACUGUGGAUGGUCAAAACUGAUGAAUGCAUUGCUACAUAUGAUCAGCAUGAUGACAAGGUUUAUGCCUUGGCUGUCGGAAAAAAGACAGAAAUGCUUGCAACUGGCAGCAGCGAUGCUGUCGUCAAUAUGUGGUAUGAUUGUACUGCUUCCGAUAAAGAGGAAGCUUUUCGUAGGGAGGAGGAAGGUGUUUUAAAGAAUCAAGAACUAGAAAAUGCUGUAUUAGAUGCUGACUUUUCUAAAGCAAUUCAAGUCGCAUUUGAGCUUCGCAGGCCUCAUAAGCUUUAUCAGUGCUUUUCUGAAAUCUGGAGGAAGAGAGAAACUGAAAAGCAGAUGGAGAAAGCCCUUCUUGCCCUCGGCGAGGAAGAGAUGAGGCUACUAUUUGAAUAUGUUCGAGAAUGGAAUACAAAGCCAAAGCUCUGUCAUGUUGCACACUUUGUGCUUUUCAAAGUUUUCAACAUCCUCAGUCCAACAAAGAUUAAUGAGAUAAAAGGCAUUGGGGAAAUCCUUGAAGGUCUCCUCUCGUAUUCUCAGAGGCAUUUUAGCAGAAUGGACAGGCACGAAACAAACACGUAUUUGGUGAACUACACUCUGACUGGAAUGUCAGUCAUUGAACCAGAGACAGAUACAAUAGUAUUGCAGGACAAGUCGUUGAUGCACUCUGCUGCGGACGAUGAGAAUGGGACGUUAAUAAACGUACCUGAAGAUGAGGAGCGAAAGACCUCUGAGCGGUUGAAAGAAACAGCAGCGACGAAAAAACGGAAGUCAAAGAAAUCGAAAGAUGGAUCCAGUAAGAAAGUUAAGGCAUAGCAGACAUUUGCAAGUUUUGGUCCUUGUAAUGUAUGUUAUGGCAUCUUACAACAUGAACGGACUCCAUUUCGGUCAUUUCGAGUUAGCAUUAUUAUUUGACACUAAAAAAUAGGUUUUAUGAUAUUCUCUUGUAAACAUUUUCUGAACGGAUAAAAAAUUGCGGAUAAAAAAAACUCAUUAAUGACAUGAUUAUAAUUGCGAUAA